AGGUGAACGUUCCAAAUCCGAAAGAGAUUUUAACAUGGCCGCAUGUUGAAACACGAAUUUUCUUUAUUGUUUGCCAAUGUAUUUGAAGAUCUAGUAGUGGUGUUUGAAAUCAGUUUUACAUAAAACAAAACGUGCUUAAUAAAUAACGUAUAAUUUCGUUGAUAGUUCCCUAAUUGUUUAAAAUCAUUCUAAAAGUUUUAUUAUACGCAGUACCGGCCUAAUUCCUGAUUUUUUGUGCAAUUAACAUCUUAUACGUUAUAAAUACAAAAAUUUUCUGUUAAAAUAAGUGAAUUAUGAUGCGACAUCCUGAACACCAUCACGUCCCCCCUAACAACAUGCAACGAAACAGAGUGCAGCAAAUGCCCCCAAAUCGUGGUACUCAGCCAAUGUUAAUGAGUUUACAACCAACAGUUCCAGUACCGCACUCAGGAGUACUUGUUUCUAUGCCUCAAGGCCCACCCCUUAUGCCACCGACUUCAAUGCCCCAGCAACCUCAACAGCCAAAAACCAUCAUGCAGCAACCUACACAACAAGUAUAUCACUAUGAGUCUGCACCAGUGGAAGCAACAGAGCAUCAACAUCAACCACCUCCACCACAUCAGACGGUUUCUGAAAAUGAUCAUUCUGCUCAGGUGCAACAAGCUCAAAUGCAAAAUUCACCAAACACUAGUACUUCUUCUAUGCCCCAACAAUCAACCUUGGCAAACACUAAAGAAAAAACCCCAAUGUGUCUAAUCAAUGAAUUAGCUAGAUAUAAUAAAAUUCAACAUCAGUAUCGUCUCACUGGAGAGCAGGGGCCAGCUCACAAAAAGCUGUUUACUGUUACUUUAAAAUUGGGCAAUGAAGAAUAUGAAGCUGAAGGACCAAGCAUAAAAAAAGCCCAGCAUGCUGCUGCUGCCUUGGCUCUUAAAAGGACAGAUUUGAAGCAUCCUCCUCCAAAAACUGCUCGAAUUAAUAGGUCUGGCCUGAGGAACCCCGGUAUGGUCACUCCAACAGUAGAAUUGAAUGCACUAGCUAUGAAAAGAGGAGAACGAACGGUGUAUGUGCUAGAUAGUGUUCCAUCACAUCAACCUCAGGGAUACAUUUCACAAACUGGUUAUUAUCCUCGACAUAAUAUGUAUAAUCCAGGGCAACCACGUUAUCCAAAUUUUGAUAUUCGGCGGGGCCGAGGAUACCAUACCCAUUAUGAUCGAUAUUAUGGACCGUAUAGACCUGGUUACCAGCAUCCUUCUGGAGAACCAGUAACUGUACGCCUUCGAGUUGGAGACAGAGAAUACCCAGGCGUGGGAUGCACCGUUCAGGCGGCCCGUCAUGAUGCAGCAUCCAAAGCUGUCGAAGAUAUUAAACAAAUGGAAGCUGAAGAACAACAACAUCAGCAGCAGCAACAACAGCAACAACAACAACAACAACAACACCAGCAGCAGCAGCAACAGCAGCAGCAGCAGCAGCAAUGCAAUACAACACAAGAAAAUGGUUACUUGGUAACGACAAAUGGAAAUAUUAAUCAGGAUUUAAGUACAGAACUCAAAUCUCCAAUUUCAUUGGUACACGAAAUUGCCCUUAAAAGAUCUCUGAAUGUAACUUUUGAGGUUCUUAGUGAGAAAGGCCCUCCUCAUAUGAAGAUUUUUGUGACCCAAUGCCGAGUUGGGGAUUUAAUCGCGAAUGGGGAAGGAAAUGGAAAGAAAUUAUCGAAGAAAAGGGCUGCAGAAAAAAUGUUAGAGGAACUAGCGAAAUUGGGACCACUUAUUAGUACUAACAAUAUGGCUCAUCUAAAACGCAAGAGGGUAGUUGCUAAGAAAAAAACUAGGAACUUGAUUAAAGUUAAUGCUGACAAAAAUUCAGAAUAUACUGAAGAGAUCAAUCCAAUAUCGCGCCUGAUACAAAUACAACAAGCCAAUAAAGAAAAAGAACCUGUUUACACAGUAGUAGAAGAAAGGGGUGCUCCUAGAAGGCGUGAAUUUGUAAUAGAGGCUUCUGUAAAGGGACACUCGUGUACUGGAAUAGGUCCCAAUAAAAAGGUGGCAAAACGUAAGGCUGCAGAAGCAUUGCUUAAUUUAUUAGGUUAUUCGAGCAGUCCUGUACAGAACAUACCUCCAAAACCAGUAAUCAAAUCUGAAAAAGAAGUAGAGUUGGUAGACAAGCUGCGGAAAGUAACAUUCAUGGAAGAAAAGUCUGAAGUUUCUGUUGGGGGCAGUGGAGGCCGUCAAUUGGUUCCCGGGCUUUUGCUUGUAGGAGAUCAGUCUGCCAGUUUCCAGCAGAAUAAAUCAAAAGUAAAUUCAGAUAUGUUAAAUUCCGGAUCUGGCGUCCAAGCUGAUGGGAAAAGAGGCGGCCAAUCUCAAGUAUCUAAAAUAUCUUCACAAGCAACUCAAAGUGUUCGAGCUAAAGAACAGCUUCUAUAUCUGGCUCAGCUGCUUGGUGUCCAGGUUCAGUUUUCUGAUUUUCCAAAGGCUAACCAUGAAAUGUACCUCACAUUGGUCUCUCUCAGUACACAGCCUCCUCAGGUGUGUCAUGGAGAGGGUCCUACAACUGAGGCUUCUCAUGAAAAGGCUGCUUUAGAAGCACUGAAUGUUCUAUCUGAGCUGGGAUUAGAUAAUGUAACGCCCAACAAAGAAAGUAAUAUUGAGGGAGUACAGAGUGCAAGCAAGCCUCAAGUAGUGCAGAAAACGCAGAUGAAUCAAAACGGCAUUAAGAAAUAGAUUACAUUAUAAAUUUUUUGUCUGUACCAAUGAAGAUAUUUUAUUAAUAACUUAUUUAUCAAAACCAUUUUGGUUUUUUAGAAUCUAUAUUUAAUUGUUGUAUUUUUAAUUUUUGGUUUUCAUUGGUACAGAAAGUUUUCAGUUCCAUGCGGCCAUGUGACAUGGACGGAACAUGUAGUUAUUUACAUUAAAUUUAUGUUUUAUAUGAU